AUGCGUCGGAAUCAUCAGAGAUAUCACUCUAAACCAUUCCAAUUGCCCACGCAGAGGCGUCCAAACUUCCCCAUACCCCAAAGCAGUAGAACUGGCAUCAUCGACCAGAAACUCGUCGAGGGCUCCCAGCAGCCACGUGCCAGCAGUCCAUCACCCCGAAAGCCUUUCAAUGCCUUACCAUCCUCGGUUCAUGAUGAGGAUCCUCAGUUGGAUGAUUUUGAUCUGGAACUACUAGCUUCAGAGCAUAGAGAGAACGCAUUUGAAGAUGCUGGGCUUAGCUUCCCUAGGUCUGCACCGCUUCGGACAUCUCGGCAGUCUGAGAUUGACUCGCCGCAACUUUCGCGAUUCUUUCCAUCAAGUACGAGUAUCACUCCUUCUCGUGGCGGAAAUGGGACCAGUUCGUCCGACGCUUUAUUAGGCCCACCCUCGAGCCCGUUGGCUUUGUUCCGACCAAGAAAGAAUGGGUCACAGCCGGGACAGCGCAGUCUUGGGACGAGUCUUGAACGAUAUCUGAAUGAGAAUACUCAAUCGUCGCCGCAGAAAUUGAACACUCAAGAUUAUCCGGCUGCCUCAGCUAGCAAGGAACAACGCCAGGACCUAUUCAGCAACAUCCCGCCUUCUGUGCGAGGGAUUGUCCUCGUGCCAGUGAAUGAUCUACCAGAGAACCAUCGUUCAUUGUUUCCCUUCCCGCUCUUCAAUGCCAUUCAAUCCAAAUCCUUCCACCCGAUCUACAACAGUAACGACAAUAUCGUUCUGUCCGCACCGACUGGAAGCGGCAAGACAGUGGUCAUGGAGCUAGCCAUAUGCAGGCUCUUGAACACGAUCAAAGACGAAGGUUUCAAAGUCGUCUAUCAAGCACCCACCAAAUCUCUCUGCAGCGAGCGCUUUCGCGACUGGCACUCCAAGUUCUCCAGUCUGGGCCUCACAUGCGCAGAACUUACGGGCGACACAGACCACAUGCAACUGCGUAACGUUCAGAGUAGCCAAAUCAUCAUCACGACUCCCGAAAAAUGGGAUAGCAUAACCCGGAAAUGGAAGGACCAUAUGAAAUUGAUGCAGCUGGUGAAACUCUUUCUCAUUGACGAGGUGCAUAUCCUGAAGGAGAUGCGGGGAGCUACGCUCGAGGCCGUAGUAUCUCGGAUGAAGAAUAUCGGAUCAAACGUAAGGUUUGUAGCGCUGAGCGCUACUGUUCCUAACUCUGAAGAUAUCGCGACCUGGCUUGGGAAGGACGCAACGAACCAAUCCGUACCUGCGCACCGGGAGCAUUUCGGCGAGGAGUUUAGGCCUGUGAAAUUGAAGAAAUUUGUGUAUGGGUAUGCGUCUAGUCUCAAUGACUUUGCGUUCGAUAAAGUCUGUGGUUCGAAAUUACCCGAAAUUAUAGGAACCCACUCAUGUCAGAAGCCUAUUAUGAUCUUCUGUUGCACGCGAAACUCAUCGCUCGCGACAGCGAAAGACCUGGCUCGCCUUUGGACAUUGACGAAUCCGCCUGCCAGGUGUUGGAAGGGACCCCAGAGGCGCCUCGAAGCUCAUAAUGAGGACCUCAAGACAACACUUCUUGCCGGCGUAGCAUUCCACCAUGCAGGCUUGGGCCCAGCCGAUCGCCAUACCAUCGAAACGGGCUUCAGAGAUGGACACAUCAGUGUCAUAUGUUGCACUUCGACACUUGCAGUCGGGGUUAACCUGCCCUGUCAGCUAGUGAUCAUCAAAAACACCGUCAGUUGGCAAGAUGGCGGCUGCAAGGAAUACUCGGAUCUGGAGAUGAUGCAGAUGCUCGGCCGCGCGGGCCGGCCUCAAUAUGACGACAGUGCUACCGCAGUCAUUCUCACGAGGAAGGCGCGUGUGGCUCACUAUGAAAGACUGGUUCAGGGCUCGGAGAGCCUGGAGAGCUGCUUGCACUUGAAUCUCAUUGAUCACCUCAAUGCCGAAAUUGGCUUGGGCCAUAUUUCAGACGUCGAGUCUGCUGUCAAAUGGCUUGCUGGGACCUUCCUGUUUGUUAGGCUUCGUCGGAAUCCGACGCACUAUAAGCUCAAGGAAGGUGCAAACCAGCAAGACGAAGAUGAGUUGCUUCGCCAGAUCUGUGAGAAGGAUAUCGAUCUCCUCCGCCAGUGUGAAUUGGUCGACGCGGAGAGGCUUUGUUCCACGCAGUUCGGUGAUGCCAUGGCUCGCUACUAUAUCCAGUUCGAGACUAUGAAAGUGCUGCUGUCGUUAAAGCCGAAAGCUACUUUAUCCGAGACUCUUGAGGCGAUUGCACAGGCCCAAGAAUUCCAUGAAUUCCGGUUAAAACAAGGGGAUAAACCACUCUACCGAGAGAUCAACCGCGAUCCAGGCAUUCGUUUCCCAAUCAAAGUCGAUCUAGCCCUCCAAGCCCACAAGGUCUCACUACUCAUCCAAUCCGAGCUAGGAGCAAUCGAGUUCCCCGACAGUGAACAACUCCAAAAACACAAAUUCACCUUCCAGCAAGAGAAGUCUCUAGUCUUUGCGCAUGUGAACCGACUGAUCCGCUGCUUAAUCGACUGCCAAAUUGCACGCGGCGACUCAGUCGCCAUCCGCAAUGCCCUUGAACUCGCCCGGAGCUUCGGAGCAAAGGUCUGGGAUCACUCACCUCUCCAGAUGAAGCAAAUUGAGCAAGUAGGCGUUGUUGCUGUUCGCAAGUUGGCUGCUGCUGGGAUUACCAGUAUUGAAGAACUGGAAUGUGCAGAAGCUCAUCAAAUUGAGAUGGCCCUUAGCAAGAAUCCCCCUUUCGGGUCCAAGUUGUUAUCGAGAUUGAAGGAGUUCCCGAAGUUGAGGGUUGCUGUGAAGAUGGUCGGAAAGGACGUGAAGAAUGGCAGUGUCAAUGUUCGAUUCAGGGUUGAGGUGGCGUUCAUGAAUGACAAGACCCCGACACACUUUCUACGUCGGCCGGUUUAUGUUUGUUGUUUGACAGAGAGGUCUGAUGGUCAUUUGAUUGAUUUCCGACGCACGAGUGCAAGCAAGCUCCAGGAACGGUUAGAAAUUGAUCUUAGUGCGGAUUUGACGAGCGCAGAACAGGCCAUCGUGUGUCAUGUUCUGUGCGAUGACAUUGGUGAGAACUCUCCAACAUCAAACCAGCUUCUUUUUGUUAACGAAUCUCUAGCUGGGACAUCUAAACAAGCUGAGCUCAGACCCAAGCUGCCAUCCCAUAUGUUUGCAGCUGGACCAGUCGAGAAUAUCAAGCAAAACGCAGGAAAUGUCAAAGUACCACCUCAAAUACCCACUGCGAGACGAGACGGGAGUUUGAAUUCCAAAGUCACAAAGGAAGAGAAGACCAACGUGCCUCGUGCGCAGGCGCGAGAUUCAGUCAACGGCAACACAGAAUCUCAGCCAGAUAUAAGUUUUGACGGUGAUGACUUGGAACUCGAUGAUUUCUUCAUUUCAAAUAAACGCUGCGGUAAAGCUAAUGAGCCUACGAAAUCAAAAGAUCAUGACUCCGAUGACAUUGACUGGUUCUCAAUCGAUUCCACCCCGCCAAGUUUGGUCAAGCAAGUGCCAAAGAGCGCUACAUCCCGAGAGGAUGACUGGGCCGCAGAUAUGGGCGAGCAAGAUGACGAGGAGUACGAACCAGUGAGGCUCGCGAACGGCAAAUGGGCCUGCAAUCAUAAAUGCAAAGACAAGACGAGUUGCAAACAUUUCUGCUGUCGGGAAGGCUUGGACAAGCCACCGAAGCCCCCGAAGCGGACAGGGCCCACGACCCAGAAGGACAAUGGUCUCAAUCAGCUGACGAUUUCCGCCAGUAUCACGAAGAGCACGCCGGUCAAUAAGCCUAAACCGGGGAAAGAGUUGACUGGACAGCGUGCCAACAAGCCCAAGCAGAGUGAGCAUCAUCCAAAGGCUAAGAAGACUCUCCAGCCACAAGUCAAAAGGAACAAUGGAGCUCGAUCAACAUCUGUCCUUUCGGAGCUGGACAGGAACAUGUUAUCACUCAAGAGGAAAACCACUAGUCCCGUAAAGACGCUCUCCAGCGACUAUGGUGAUGAUGACUUCGACGAUCUCCCAUCUCCAUCUGAGCUUCUUGGACAUAAGAGGCAUGAUACAACAAGAACAGACGCUCCAGUCAUCAACAGCGAGGGUAAAGGUGGCACCGAAGAUGAUCCCGUCGUUGAAAAGGAGAAUGUGGAUGUCACACAGAGCUCUUUGGCACGACCCAAGCCAUCUGGGAAAGACCAAGGCCAGACCGAACCAUCGACCCUGCGAACUAAUACCGAAAUAAUUGUGAUUGACGACACACCUCCAUGCUCGGCAGAGUCUCCAAUGCUAAGUGACAAAGGCUCUCCGGCCGAGGACAGCACAGUGCCGCCUCCCUCCCUGAAAAGGAAGGCAGGCGAAGACGAAACCCAAACAGAAGCAUCCCCGAAGCGACAGAAGAAAAGUCCAUCUGUCCGUGCUUUGCAAGAUCACGCCCAAAAUGCUCUGGCAGAGGAAAAGCCUUUGGAACCAGAUCAACCGAUCUCCCCUGUCCCCUGGACUGGUAUGGAUUUAACCACACCAUGGGAUGAUGGCAUUGACUUGCUGGAUGAGUUCAAGGAUAUUAUUAGUUUUAUCUAG